GUCUGGAGGUCUGAACCUCUGCAGAGGAGAGCUGGGUCUCAGGCUGCUCUCAUCCCUGAUUCCCUCUUUCUCGUCUUUGUCUUGCCUGCUAUUUGGAGAGUUUUUGGUUGAUAGCUACGAGAGAGGGGGGUUUGGAGGACACCCCAAACCAUGAAUCACUCUCUGUUUGGUUGUCUAAGUAGCCCCCAUGCCCCAUCCCAAGGUCUACACCCAGCCAUCAGCCAGUCAUCGCUGACCCUGCACGGCCGUAGUGACCACAUCUCUUACCUGGAUCUACCCAGCUCCUCGCCUCCCUGUGGCUACUCUGGAGGAGAAGAUGGAGGGGCAUUUGGAGGCCACCUGCCUCAUUCUCAGCACCCACCCAGCUGGGCAGUCCCACCACAGAUGCUCUCCCAAAACAUCCGGAACAAUGUUUGCCUGCCGCUCCUGGAGGCCGCAACCUCAGAACUGAGCUCGGAGGGCCAGAACCUCUGUGGCACCAAUCCCGCUUUGGGCAGCGGUGACCCGUCGGGGUCGUCGUGUGUUUCUGGGGAGUACAUCCGGCAGAGUCUGUCCUCAGAGGACCAGCUCAGAAGAAGCAGUAAGAACAAGAAUGAUAACCCUGAGUCCCAAGACAGGAGUUAUAAGUCAGACAUGAACGGCAAGCCCAGGAAGGAGCGCACAGCCUUCACAAAAGAACAGAUCCGGGAACUGGAGUCCGAGUUUGCUCACCACAACUAUUUGACCAGACUGAGACGCUACGAAAUAGCUGUCAACCUCGACCUCACGGAACGACAAGUGAAGGUGUGGUUCCAGAACCGGAGGAUGAAGUGGAAGCGUGUGAAGGGAGGCCAGCAGGGGGCAGCAGCACGGGAGAAAGAACUGGCGAAUGUGAAAAAGGGGAGGUUGCUGCCGUCUGAGUUGUCCAGUGUAGUUGAACUUCAGUGCUUGACCAGUUCACCGAGGCUCGUGACCGAAGAGGACAGUCACGACAGCGACCAGAGCUCGGAGCACCUUCCCCUAUGACCUCCCUCACCCCGGCCUUUUCUUUUCUUUUUUUAUAAGGAAACAACUGUUGGACGAGGCAGAAGCAAAGGAAGCAUUGGUGACAUAUGGAUAUACAUCUUGUUGUGAGCACACGCUCGUGACAGGACAAUAAAACAAGACUCGGAACAUUCCAAAGAUGACUUGGCUUUGAUGGAAGGGCUUUGGUUUUGCACUGUCAAUGAUUUGUUUUUCAGUCCACUCCUACUGUAAUUCCUCUUUGAACAGUCAGUAUUAAAACAUUUUCUAUUGUAUGAAUGUAUCAAUAAUUUAUCAAAAUCAAAGAGUUCCCCCAAGACUGUAACCACUUAAACCCAUACUUUUUGCAUUGUAACAUACUGUAAACAUGUGUUUGUUUUCUUUGUUUUUCAUCGUGCUCCCUUUGGAAAGUUUACAUGCUUUUAACUUGGAAAAGCCCUGGAUUUGUUAAAAAAAAAUAAAGUAAACCAGACAAAUCAAAAUAA